AUGCCCUCCCCACCUCCGUCAUCCGCUGUAUUCAGCGUGACGGAACCUGUCAGCCUGAUCGAUGCUUCCGUCCUUUUCAAUCACCUCGACCGAUCCUACCUGGAGAUAGUCGGAGGGAACAUCUCUUUGCACGAUCCAGAAGCGCUUUCCAAGCUCAACGAAUGGACAGGGCUCGCGGAGAGUUACCUAAGAGACCCUACCGAAGAGACUUACCUGCCCGUCGAAAGUCUGGGGGAGGAGCUGGACCGGCUAUUCAGAGAUAAGAAGUCUAAAAACGUCUAUUUCCCCGAAGAUGACAUUUCGGAAGGGCUGGAAGACAUACUGGAAGCCUUGGAGUUUCCCAAGAUCUUCCACGCCUACGUCGAAGGGCUCGUAGUCGAGAACGGCUAUCAUGGGGGCAGAGGCCAGCUCUUACAGUCAGCCGAAGAGCACUUGAAGAGCAUGGGGAGCAUGGAGCGUGAUGAAAAGAAGAAUCACAAGGAAGGUCCAUGGUUGUCUGACAUCGACGAAGAACGGUUGGCCAACGCCCUGGCUAUGUCAGGUGUCGGCUCCGUUCAACUAGAAUUCGAAGCACACAGGAAUCUUGUGGCUUGGAUUUAUGCUUGGCACCAAGAGCAUCCAAAGGUCGAUGAGGGAGAGAAGGUCAAACGGAAAAGGGACGAGAACGGAUUGGGCGAUGAGGUUCCCCCGAAGGAAAAGAAGUUUGUAUUCCGGCAAAGGCAACCAGACAAUCCCGCUUGA